UUCUUCACAAUAUCAUCUCUCUCUCUCUCUCUCUCUCUCUCUCUCUCUCUCUCUGCGCGAUUUUCACCAAAUUAUUAGAAUGUCUUCUUGUAAGGUACCAAUGAAUAUGGUGUUUCUUCUUUCUCUGUUCACAACUUCUCUAAUGGCCAUGACUGCCUCAGCUGGUAAUUUCUUUCAAGACUUUGACAUUACAUUUGGCGACGGACGUGCCAAGAUACUCAACGGAGGACAGCUUCUCACACUCAACCUUGAUAAGGCCUCUGGGUCUGGCUUCAAGUCCAAGAAUGAGUACUUAUUUGGAAAGAUUGACAUGCAGAUCAAGCUCGUCUCCGGCAACUCAGCUGGAACCGUUACUGCCUACUAUUUAUCUUCUGAAGGUCCAACCCAUGACGAGAUUGAUUUCGAGUUUUUGGGCAACUCAACUGGUGAACCCUACACUCUCCAUACCAAUGUCUUCAGCCAAGGAAAAGGGAACAGAGAACAACAAUUCCAGCUUUGGUUUGACCCCACAAAAACCUUCCACACAUACUCAAUUGUUUGGAACUCGCAGCGCAUUAUAUUCUUGGUGGAUAACAUUCCAAUCAGAGUGUUCAACAACUUGGAAUCAGCUGGAGUCCCAUUCCCUAAAAACCAGCCCAUGAGGAUUUAUUCAAGUUUGUGGAAUGCAGAUGACUGGGCAACAAGAGGUGGUCUUGUCAAGACUGACUGGACUCAAGCUCCUUUCACCGCCUCUUACAGAAACUUCAAGGCCAAUGCUUGUACUGCUAGCUCACCAUCCUCCUGUGCCUCCACUACAUCUACUAAUUCAUUGACAGAGCAGAGUGCAUGGAAAACUCAAGGGCUUGAUGCCGCAGGCCGAAACAGGCUUCGUUGGGUGCAACAAAAGUUCAUGGUUUACAACUACUGCUCUGAUCUUAAACGCUUCCCACAAGGCCUCCCAGCUGAAUGCAAGCGAUCGAGGUUCUAGUUUGAAAGCGAGAAGAGAAACCCAGAUGAUCAUAUAUCCGCUCGUCUCAUGUGCAUCAUAUUAAUUCAUUUAUUUGUAUUCCAAAUUCAUUUAUUAAAUAUUAUUCUUUCA